UUUCAUCUGAAUCAAGAAUCUGAAUAUCCUGUUCCUCGAUCUCGCGCGCAUUUCCCCGUCUCUCUCUAUAUCCUCCGGCCUUCCUCGCGCACCCUCGCGCACCACAGCCUCCUAUCUCCCCUCGCGCGCAUCCCCCUUCUCGUCAACAUGGCGGUAGCAACACCUCGAUCCGCCACAGCACCCACUUCCUCCAUCGACUGGACAAAGCUGGGCUUUGGCGAUAGACCUGUUCAUGGCCAAGUCGUCGUCACGCACAAGGAUGGCAAGUGGGGCGAGCCAGAAUGGUCCACUUCGCCAUAUCUUCAUAUCCACAGCGCAUCCGCAGCGCUCAAUUACGGCCAGCAGUGCUUCGAGGGCAUCAAGGCGUUUCGCACCAAGAGCGGCAGCGUGCACAUCUUUAGACCUCAUGCGAAUGCGCACCGCAUCAACUUGAGCGCUCAGACCGCCAGCAUGCCUACCAUUCCCUUGCCGUUGUUUCUAGACGCAUUGCGCAAGGCUGUGGCGGGAAAUUUGGAUUAUGUGCCGCCCUACGGUCCCAACGCAUCUGGAGGCGCCCUGUACAUUCGGCCUCUGUUGCUCGCAACUGGGCCCAGCCUCAUCCUCGAUCCACCCAAGGAGUUUACAUUCGUUGUUUGGGUCACUCCUGUUGGCAGCUUGUACGGCACGGGAGGCAAUCUGCCAGCGAUAGAUGCAUUCGUCUUGGAUACGUUUGACAGAUCGGCUCCCAUGGGAACGGGUCACACCAAGCUCGGAGGCAAUUACGCACCCGUCUUUGGCCCUACUGCUGCUGCCAAGAAGCGAGGUUUUCCCAUCACGCUCCACUUGGAUUCGGCAGAGCACACGUACAUUGACGAGUUUAGCACCUCGAACGCGAUUGGCAUCUCGACCUCCGCUGGCGCCACUCGCUUGAUUGUUCCGGAGUCGCCAAGCAUCUUGAGAUCCGUCACAAAGCUGUCCGUCGUCGACAUUGCCAGCAAGCACCUGGGAUGGGCUGUAGAGCGGCGACCUGUGAAAUUCUCGGAACUCGCACAGGGCAGCUUUGCGGAAUUCUUCGCUGCUGGGACAGCUGCUGGCGUCACACCUGUACGCAGCGUCUCGUACAACACCAAGAAACCGGUACGCAAGGAGCUUGCGCAAGACGAGGCAGCCGAUGCUGCGGAGCAAGCUCUGCCAAUCUGGGAAGAAGCGCCGGGUAACGAGGUCAAGAAGAUUGAGCUUGGAGAUGGACAGACUGCCGGUCCCCUCAGCAGGCAAAUGUGGACUGAGUUGACGUCCUUCCAAUGUGGCGACCGAGAGGACAUUUUUGGGUGGCUCUGGCCGAAAGAAGGCAUCGUCGCCGAAGACGCCAUCACGGCAAAAUGAGGUGGUGCGAGAGGGAAAUGUGCAUCUAAUGAAAGCAAAGCUGCCGCGCACGCCUCUCAAAUCUGUGCGUAGACAUCAAUGUGGACUGCUUUGUGAGACCAAGUCUAUACCCGUAUAGCCAAUCGAGUGGCGGGGGGCCGAGCGUCACGCGAGAGAGGGAUGAAGGAGGAGUGCGUGCGUAUCAGGCGUACCCGCG